AUUCUGAUUAUUUUGAGAACAGUAGCUAAUUCGUUUUGCUUCAGUCAUAAUCUCUUUUUUUUUGUUUUGUUUUACAGUAGUACAGUAAAAUUGUGAGAAGUGAAAUCAGGAUGACCAGGCUAACAAUUCUAGCAGGCGUAUGUCUGGUGAUAUGCCAGCUGGCAUCUGCCAACCAGAUGGUGUGUUACUUCACCAACUGGUCCCAGUACAGGCCUGGUGAUGGGAAGUACAUGCCACAAAAUGUGGACCCCUUCCUGUGCACCCACUUGAUAUAUGCUUUCUCCAUCAUCAACCAUGCCAACGAACUAACCACCUAUGAGUGGAAUGAUGAUGUCCUCUACAAAUCCUUCAAUGCCCUGAAGACCAAAAAUCCUCAUCUGAAGACUCUGCUGGCUGUUGGUGGAUGGAACUUUGGUUCAACACAGUUCUCCAUCAUGGUGUCCUCUCCAGCCAACCGUAAGACAUUCAUCCAGUCUUCUAUCAAAUUCCUGAGGACUCAUGGAUUUGAUGGUCUGGACCUGGACUGGGAGUACCCCGGAUCUCGUGGAAGUCCUCCAGAGGAUAAACAGAGGUUCACUCUGCUCUGCAGGGAACUUGUUGAAGCUUAUGCAGCUGAGGCCAAGGCAACAGGCAAUCCUCAGCUCAUGCUGACCGCUGCAGUGUCUGCUGGAAAGGGAACCAUAGAUGCUGGAUAUGAGAUUGCUGAGAUUGCCAAGGAACUGGACUUCAUCAAUGUGAUGACCUAUGACUUCCAUGGAACUUGGGAGCAAUUCACAGGACACAACAGCCCACUGUUUCGUGGAUCCGAGGAUAAAGGUGAUCUCAUCUACUUCAACACUGACUAUGCAAUGAGAUACUGGAGGGACAACGGCACCCCAGUGGAGAAGCUGAGGAUGGGAUUUGCAGCUUAUGGCCGUACCUUCCGUCUGACGUCAUCAAACACUGGCGUUGGAGCCCCAGCUAGCGGUGCUGCAUCAGCUGGUCCAUACACACGAGAAGCUGGAUUCUGGUCCUACUAUGAGAUCUGUAGCUUUGUGAAGGGUACCACCAUUCAGUGGAUUGAGGACCAGAAAGUACCCUAUGCUGCCAAGAACAAUGAGUGGGUGGGAUUUGACACCAAAGAGAGCUAUGAGAUCAAGGUACGCUACAUGCAGGAGCAAAAGUUUGGAGGUGCCUUCGUCUGGGCCCUCGAUUUGGAUGACUUUGCUGGAAGAUUCUGCGGAGAGGGCAGUCACCCUCUGCUUGCUCAUCUCCGCACACUUCUCAAUAUUGAGCUGCCCCCACUACCUCCUACCACCACACCGAGACCAGGUGCUAGCACUACAACCCCUCCAACCACCACCACAACCACCACCACCCACGCCCCAGGAUCCGGCUUCUGUAAUGGCAAACCUGACGGCCUGUAUGCCAACCCAGAUGACAGGACCAGCUUCUACAUGUGUGCUGGUGGUAUCACCCAUGUGAGAUACUGCGGAAGUGGAUCUGUCUUUGAUGAAAGCUGCAAGUGCUGUGUUUGGCCCUGAGCAAUGAGUGGAAACAAAAUGUAUUACAACUGAACAACUGAUGCAAAUGUCAGCUAUUAAAGAGACUGUUAAAGUUCCCCUGUA